AUGGAUAAGAAUUCGUCAUAUAUCAAUUUUAACGGGACUCAAAUAACUCUAGUGAAAUUAGAAUUUGACUGUAACAAUUAUCUAGAUUUUCCGGAUGAAAAUUAUAUACAAGAGUGUGAAAAAUAUGUUAAUUUAAUUAAAAAUGGUAGUUUUGACUAUAAAAAAGUUUACAAGGUACAACAAGGUUCAGUAUGUUGUUUUGGAUUGUUGGUUACACACUUGGGAGAAUACCCAUCACCAUUUUGGUUUGAAAAGUAUAAAAAUUUGUUAAUCACCUCGUUUAUUCUGAGAGAAGAAGAUGAUUAUCCAUCUAAGCUUAACAGAAGUGAUAAAUUCAUAUCAAACAUCUUUCCAGGGCAUAAAUGUCUGAUUAAUAAGGGAAAAGAUCCAUUCAUUUUACACUUAAAAUUCAUCGGAAUGGAGGUUAAUGAUUGUUCUAUUGGAAAGAUUUUGGAGUUUGAACUGCACGCAGUUCCAGACGAUUUUGAGUGUGAAAACAACAUUUAUGACACUUCUGUACCUUUUCAAGCCUUUAGAGUUGGUGGUAAUUUACUCGUCAAACAUUCCUUACAAAUCGACUUAUUCCUUAAAUAUAACCAUUUUUACCUUAAACUUACUAAUAAUGAGCAUUUGGACAUUGAACUUGAGGAUUUGCAACUCAGAAAACUUUUGAACACAACUCCAAUUAAGUUACCGGUAAUAUUAAGCCAUGGAAAACAAUUGAACCUAACAAUUCCAAUUAAUGACGGUAAUUUUAUAUCAUUAUUACAAGUUGUAGAUUUUGAUGAGUUUGAUACUCCGGCAGUUUUCAUUAAAUGGAAUGUAAAUAAAUGGAAGAAUGAGAAUUGUUCAUUGUGGACUAAAUUAGAAUAUGCGAAUUAUCAACCAAAUAAUUGUAUUGGAGAUAUUACAAUAAAUUGUGCUUUGAACCAAGUGUAUGAAACAAGCAUAACGAUAUUAUUGGAAGUAAUGAGUAAAGUUAGGGUGGAUUUGACUGUUAAAAUGAUUAAGGAAAUUGAGCCGAACAAGUUCAAGAACUUAAUUCCGUUUCAGGACUCUGUUGAGCUUGGCCUCGUUAAACCAAAUCAUCUUAAAACUUGUAUUCUGUUUUUCUACUACGUGACUGAGGGAUUACACAUUUCACCUCGGAUGGAGGUCUGGGAUAAAGUCUCCAACAAUGUAUACAAAAUCGAACCUAAAAUCUUCAAUAUCCAAACACACUAA